AACAGCUCCAAUUAUCAACACAAUGGCUAUUAAAAUGAGCCAAAGUUGAACCUUGAAGCUGGCCUGGAAGAACACAAGCAGUCCAGCAAGGCCAGCAAGAAGUUGACGUCACUCGCACCACCUCUACUGUCUCUCUCUCUCUCUCUCUCUCUCUCUCUCUCUCUCUCUCUCUCUCUCUCUCUCUCUCUCAUUCACUCCGCUCCCGCUCUUCACGCGCAGUCAUGGCGGCACUAUCCACCUCUUCCAAGUAUGUCUUCAAUACCUUCAAAUCCAAUCCGAUGGACACAGGGCUGUGUGCGACCGCUAUCAUUGGCCUUGUCUGGACGGUCAACGAUUUCAGAGAAUGGAAAGCAUUUGGAACGGGCGGAACGCCGCCGACCCGGGCUGGAUACCUUCGCAUGUCCAAACUCCGCGCCAAGCACGCGAUGUCCAAGAACAACCUCCGCGACGCCUCCCCGCUCCAACAGACGGGACCCUCCUAUCUUCCAACAGGCACGCUCCCGCUCCGCUCAGGGCCGCAACCACGCAUGAUGCCGCGUAUCCUCCCUCAACGCCAAUACCCAGAACCCAUCGACCCCUCCGUGCAGGCGCGUCUGCGCUCGCUGGUCCACGACCUCGCCACCGCCCACCCAGAGCUCUUUGAUAUACUACCCUCCCACACCGAAGGCCGCACAACCGACGGGCUGUACGCGCGCCGCAAUCUCCCCACCCUGAACCCGCUGGCGGGUGACCGUAUUCUGAGCUAUGAGAUCGCGCACACGCAUCCCGCGGAGAACAGUCUGCAUGUGUGGUUGAGUGAUGUCGAUGCUAGGGAGGUCAUUGAGAAGGGAUGGGGGCAGCGGUUCCCGUUGCCUGCUGUGCCGCAGGGCUGGGUCAUGGUGUAUGCGCCCCGGGAUGAGGGCGAGAUGGAUAUCGUUGAGUGGAUCGUUAGGGCGGCGGCGAGGUGGGUGACGGGUGUCAUGGUUUGAAUUGCAUUUAUGAGCGUUGCGUGUUCGAUGCUGAUGGCGUUUGGGUAGUGAGCGAGAUUUGUUUUGUUUUUCAGCGGGUGAUUGAUGUACGAUAUGUUAGCUUGUAUUAGUAGCUUUGAUGAUAAUGGCUGUCAUGAUCAAUGCAAUGAUGAUUUGACUUUCGGGGGGGUAAUUUGAAGUUGCAUGUCUGGUUGAUACGAGGUUGCUCAGGGUGAAUCAAACAGUGGAUCACCUUGGGAAAGAUCCUCAACCUGCAA